AUGGAGGAGGAAAAAGAUGGAAUUACUGUUGAGCGUUACUUAAAAGAACAGCGUGAACUUGAACGGCAAGCACGCCUAGCGAUGCCUUACAAUUUUGACAAAUGUACGUAUGAUAUGGGAUAUAUCAAACAACCACUCUAUGCGUGCUUGACAUGCAAACAAAACGGAACACAAAAUGCCGUCUGUUACAGCUGUAGCAUUUGUUGUCACAGUACACAUGAACUUGUAGAGCUAUUCGAUAAACGUAACUUCACGUGCGACUGUGGAACAGAACGGAUGGGACAAGGUGCAGUUUGCACAUUGAGAAAAGCCUCAUCAACUGCUGCUCCCGAUAACCAGUACAAUCAUAAUUUUGAGGGUCAUUUUUGUACAUGUGAUAAAUUUUACGACCCAACAAAAGAGGAGGGAACUAUGUACCAAUGCUUAAUUUGCGAAGACUGGUUCCAUGAAGAAUGUAUCGCUGCAAGCUGUAUUUUUCCGGAUCCCGAUUCGUUUGAACUUUUUCUUUGUCAAUCGUGUGUCAAGGCGAACCUUAAAUAUCUUUUUCAUGAAGUCUCUGAGUACGAAGGUGGACCAGUAUUCCUUCCAGAAGAUUUCUAUGGCACUCUCUGUCAAUGUGAACGCUGUCUUCCCGCACGGCAAAAGGAUAUGCCCAUGUUGGCUGCUGAAGAAGACAUUUACAAGCCACCUGAAGAUGAAGAGCUUCCUGACGAAGACAGUGAUGAAGAACAAGUUGAUACAGAAACUGUUGACAGCAUCGUUACACAAACUAUGGACGAAACCAUGAAGCUCAUUGACAAAUUACCUCGCGUUCAAGCCAUUGAAGGCGUCCACGCUUAUGCAGCAUUGAAAGAUGAUCUCCUAAGCUUUCUCAAACCCUUUGCCUCCAGUAACAAAGUUGUUACGAAGGAGGAUGUUGCUUCCUUUUUCGCUGAACGCAUGCGAGACAGAAGCAAGUAA